AUGCUCCGGCAGCUUUACCAGCUUCACAGUUCACUGCAUGAGUGGGCAUCAACCUAUCUGACAACCCCAGUCCUCACAGAAGCCAAGUUCCCCUCCCCUCCCCAUGGCGCCUGGCUGCUGUGGUUCCUGCUGGCAUCACUAAGUGCACCCUGUGCGGCUAGAUCUACUUCUACUGUGUUCAAGGUAGGGGUAGUUGGACCGUGGAAAUGUGACCCUCUGUUUGCUAAGGCACUGCCCCAGACGGCAGCGCAGCUAGCUGUGGAGAGGAUCAACAAUGACCCCUCACUGUCCCUGGGCACCACCUUUGAGUAUGUCAUCAUUGACGAGGACUGCCAGACAUCCAUGGCACUCAAGGGUUUCUUAGGUCACUACGCACGGGCUAAUGCCUUCCUGGGCCCUGUCAACCCUGGCUACUGUGAUGCAGCGUCUUUACUGGCCAACAACUGGAACAAGGCCCUGUUCUCUUGGACCUGUGUGAACUAUGAGCUGGACGACCGAAGUAGGCAUCUUACUUUCGCCCGCACGGUGCCCUCGCCCACCUGGGUGCUGCUCAGCCUGGUGAGACACUUCCGCUGGGCACACAUAGGGAUCAUCUCCUCGGCUGAGGAUGUGUGGGUGGACACAGGCAGCAAGGUCGCUGACGCUCUGCGGAGCUACGGCCUCCCUGUCACCACCGUGGUCUCCACAGACAAGGACCCUGCCAGCAUACGACUGGCUCUGACUAGGGUCAAGAGGGCAGAAAACAUCCGCAUGGUGAUCCUCUGCAUGCACUCUGUGCUGAUUGGAGGACACAUCCAGAGGUUGCUGUUGGAGACUGCUCUGGACAUGCACCUGACGGACGGUUCUCUGGUGUUCAUCCCCUACGACACACUGCUCUACAGCCUGCCCUACAGGGAUGUCCGCUACCCAGCCCUCAUCAACAACGGCAAGCUGCGGCGAGCAUACGACGCUGUCCUGACCGUCACCAUGGACUCAGAGGAGAACUCAUUCUACAAGGCCUACCAGAAGACUGUGAAUGUUGGGGGGGUUCCCAGACACAUCAAGCUCCACCAGAUUUCUCCUCUGUUUGGUACCAUCUACAGCUCGAUCCUCUUCAUGGCUAACGCUCUGCAGAAUGUUCGUGAUGCUGGGGAGUGGAGGUCUGGAGCCAACCUGGUGCGCCACUCCAGGAACAUGGCUUUCUAUGGUUUCAGCCAGCGUGUCCGCACCAAUGGCUCCGGGGCCAGCUUGUUGAAGUACGUGGUGCUGGACACAGAUGGGCAGUCCUGGCCUCUGCUGCCCACCCACUGUGUGGACCUGGAGGCUGGGAUGGUGAUGUCUCUGGGCCGCAGCAUCCACUUCCCAGGGGGGGUCCAGCCCAGCCCAGACUCUAGUUGCUGGUUCAUUCCAGGCACCUUAUGCACAGGAGGAGUGGAUCCAUUCCAUCUUAUCAUAGUCUUCCUGUGUAUCCUUUUGACCAUUCUCUUCUCAAGUGGACUCUACUACUGUAUAAGGAGGCAUAUCAACCAGAUUAGUUUAGUCAGGGGUCCUGACAAGAUCAUGCUAACCCUGGCAGAUGUGAUCUUCAUCAACCCCUCACUCAGUAAUAAGAAGCUAAGUUUAGAUGAGAGCAAAGUGGGUGAUAUGAGUAGGAAACCCUCAGAUACGGAUCGUCAGAGCCUCUCUACUCCCUUCUCUGACUCCACCGUCACCCCGGCAACCUAUGCAAACUCCAACAUAGCCAUCUUUGAGGGAGACUGGGCUUGGAUGAAAAGACUCCCGUCUGGAAACUUUAAAGACAUAACUCCCCAGACCAGUGACGUCUUUGAGUUGAUGAAGGACAUACGACACGAGAACGUCAACCUCUUCCUGGGGUUUUUCCUUGACUGUGGUGUUUUCGGCAUCAUGACAGAGUAUUGCUCACGUAGCAGCUUGCAGGACUUGCUAAGCAAUACUGACGUUAAGCUGGACUGGAUGUUUAAGACCUCCCUGUUAUUGGACCUUAUCAAGGGCAUGAAGUACCUCCACCACCGAGGUGUUUGUCAUGGACGACUCAAGUCUCGGAACUGCGUAGUGGAUGGCCGCUUUGUGCUCAAGCUCACAGACUACGGCUACAACAAGAUUUUGAUGGCACAAAGGUUCCCAUACGAAGAUCCCUCCGCAGAAGAGCUGCUGUGGACGGCCCCUGAGAUCCUACGGGGCCCUCACCCAGGGCUGUGCGGCACCCAGCUAGGGGACGUCUACAGCUUCGCCAUCAUCAUGCAGGAGGUGGUGCUGCGGAGACCUCCCUUCUGUAUGCUGGACCUGUCUGCUGAAGAUGUCAUCCAGAAGGUGAGGAAUUCUCCACCACUGUGCCGCCCUGUGGUGUCACCAGACCACGCCCCCCUGGAGUGUAUCCAGCUGAUGAAACAGUGCUGGAACGAACAGGCAGAUAGGCGGCCGCACUUCAAUGACAUCUUUGACCAGUUUAAGAACAUCAACAAAGGGAGGAAGACCAACAUCAUAGACUCCAUGCUGCGGAUGCUGGAGCAGUACUCCUCUAACCUGGAGGAGCUGAUCAGAGAGAGGACUGAGGAGCUGGAGAUAGAGAAACUGAAGACUGAGAAACUACUCACUCAGAUGCUGCCUCCAUCUGUUGCAGACGUCCUGAAGGUUGGCGGUACUGUGGAACCGGAGCAUUUUGAAAAUGUAACACUUUACUUCAGCGACAUAGUAGGUUUUACCACAAUCUCUGCCAACAGCGAGCCUAUCGAAGUGGUGGACCUCCUCAAUGACCUAUAUACUCUAUUUGACGCCAUCAUUGGCAAUCAUGAUGUAUACAAGGUGGAGACAAUAGGAGAUGCAUACAUGGUGGCGUCCGGCCUACCUGUUCCCAAUGGAAACCGUCAUGCUGCAGAGAUAUCCAGCAUGGCCCUGGACAUCCUGAGUGCUGUCGGCACCUUCAAGAUGAGACACAUGCCGGAUGUACCCGUUCGCAUACGCAUUGGACUGCACUCAGGCCCGUGUGUUGCUGGGGUGGUAGGCCUCACCAUGCCCAGGUACUGUCUGUUUGGUGACACAGUCAACACUGCCUCCAGGAUGGAAUCCACAGGAAUGCCAUACCGAAUCCAUUUGAGCCAUAGCACAGCAAAGAUCCUAGUGGAUCUGAGAGAAGGCUACCAGGUUCAACUUCGUGGAAAGACAGAGCUCAAGGGGAAAGGAAUGGAGGAGACCUACUGGCUGUUUGGAAGGGACAGUUUCACCAAACCCCUGCCUGUGCCACCUGAGCUUAAGUCAGGGCAAAUGGCUCAUGGCUUGCAGAUGGAGGAGAUCAACCGACACAAGCGGAAGAAAGCGGAACAACAACUUGCCAAGAAGAAAAAAUGA